CACAUUUAUUAUUGUCGUACCUGCGAUGGAUUAGUUCCUAGCUUUUUUAAAUAUGUUUAAAAGUUUUUUUUUCUGGGGGGAAAUAGUAAUAAAAAAGAAAUAAAACAUUUUAAUGAAAAUAUGACAUACGAGCUGAAUUUAUCUUAUGGUUAUCUUUAGUCUCCUUAGAAAUGUUAGGUUGUUGUUUCUGCCGGAAUCGCCGUCACUGCUUUCCUUCUGCUUCCGUUUUUGGGAGAACAGCCGUGGUUUGAUUUUCUCUGAAAAAAAUGCAGGAUCCAAAUGAAGACACCGAGUGGAAUGAUAUCUUGAGGAAAAAAGGAAUUCUUCCCCCCAAAGAGGUUCCUAAAGAUGAAGAAGAGGACACUUUGGCUGUCCAGCAGCAGCAACAGUCUGUUGUCAAAACAUAUGAAAACAUGACACUAGACGAACUGGAGGAAAAUGAAGAUGAGUUUGGUGAGGAUGAUGAGGCUGCCAUUGAGAUGUACAGACAGAAGCGUCUUGCAGAAUGGAAAGCAACUCAGUUAAAGAACGUGUUCGGGGAACUGGGGGAAAUCUCUGGACAGGAUUAUGUCAAAGAGGUCAACAAGGCUGGAGACGGCAUCUGGGUGGUGCUGCACCUCUACAAACAGGGCAUCCCCCUCUGCACCCUCAUCAAUCAGCACCUGAACAUGCUGGCCCGAAAAUUUCCCCAGACAAAGUUCCUCAAGUCCAUCUCCACCACUUGCAUCCCAAACUACCCCGACCGCAACCUGCCCACUAUAUUCGUCUACUUUGAAGGGGAGAUGAAGGCGCAGUUCAUCGGUCCUCUGGUGUUUGGAGGCAUGAACCUCAAAGUGGAAGAGCUGGAGUGGAGGCUUUCUGAAUCCGGGGCGGUGAAGACAGAAUUGGAGGAGAACCCGAGGAAACAAAUAGAAGACAAGUUGAUGUCAUCAAUCAGGAACUCGCUUCCUACACGGAAGGACGGUGACUCUGAGGAGGACGACGAAUAAGCGGGAAAGAGUCGUGAAACAAACCAGAGGGAACCGCAUGGGGUUUGGCAGCAUUGGAGCAGAGGCGAAAGGGCGUGGCCUUCACCAUGGAGUUCAUAUUUCUAACUGUAGGUGGCGAUCAACCUGCUCUAAGGCACUUGUUGAGAGAGUCCCCGUGUUGCCAAAUUUCUCCUCUCGUGUUUGUCAGUACACUUUGUCGUAAACAUGUGCUGAGAGAGCCACCAAACAUAAAUUGUCAUUUUUUUUUAAUAACAUGACAGUUUUGUCACAAAAAAAUAUACAUUAACAUUGAAUUCACCUUUUCUUUGCCUUAAUUAUAUUUUUCCUAAAUGCUCUUUAUUUGGUAUCACUGCUGAUUAUAAAGGACUUGCUGAAAAAUUA